AUGGAUCAUGCCCCUCGAGAACCCUUUGACGUUUUGAGUUAUUGCUGGCGAUCAACAGAGCUCAACUAUACUACGACUGUGUCACGUCUUGAAAGCCAUAAACAACAACUUCCAUGGGAUCAGUUCCAGAAAACACUUCAGGAUGCCAUUGAAUUCACGCAAAACCUCGGUAUACCGUACUUGUGGUUUGAUGCUUUAUGCAUUGUUCAAAGAUCCGAGCAGGACGGCGAUGCUGGUCCGGUGGUGGAUAAAGCUGAUUGGGCGGAAGAGGCAGUCAAGAUGGCUGGGUUAUAUCGCCACGCGUGUGUCACUAUUGCUGCACUGUCUCCCAGAUCCUUGAAUGAAGAAUUUUUGGAACUGAUCACAGAGACGAGCCCGCCCAGUUCGCUGGAACGACAUGAUUUAUUCGAAACAACUCAAAACACACCGCAUGCUUCUCGUGGCUGGACAUUUUUGGAAUUGCUGCUGUCCACACGUAUCUUAUAUUUCUAG